AUGAACCGCCAAACCUUCUGGGCCCAGCGCCAACCUGCCCUCCAAGCCCUCUCCACCUCCCCCCCUCUCUUCUUCGACCUGCCAACCCCUCAAUCGCAAUCAGUCGGAGCCAGUCAAUAUGCCCGCACCAAAGCCGUCAUGGCCGUCGACGCCGGCAACCUCACCGACGCCGCGACGCAACACUCCCUCUCCCAAGAAACAGUCAUCCUCACCGCCUGGGCCAUCCUCCUGCGCGCCUACGCCGGCGGAGCAGACGAUGAUGGAGUUCUCGGGUUCGGGGCGUGUUUGGAUAGGGAGGGCGCCGCGUGGGUGGUUAGUCAGGUGGAGGUUACGGGGGAGAGGGCGGUUGUGGGCGGGGUGAUGAGGGAGGUGGAGGAACGGGAGGUCGGGGAGGUUGUUAGGGGGGGGAAUGGGUGGGAGGAUUUGAAGGGGUUUGCGGCUGGGACGGGGGUGGAGGGGAUGGGGGGAGGAGGGUUGGGGGGGGUGAAGACGGCGGUUUUUGUGCAUGGGGGACGGGCGAGGAGUGGGGAGAUGUAUUUGCCG